ACACUCCUCUGUGUGUCAGUUUAAAUGGUUUAACCAACAAAGCUACAGCUGCAUCCACGCAAGGUUAUGUGAUACGGAGGAGUAGCUAGAGUCAAACUAAAUGACACCGACAGUGAAAAGGACGUCUUCUCGGGAAAUGGAUCUAAUAAACCGGCAAUCUGAUCAAAUUAAAGAAUCGAGUGGCCAUAAAGAUAAAGACCCAGACUGCCAAAAUGGUUCAGAGACAGAGGAUGAACCUUUGCUCCGAGAAAACCUCAGACGGUUCGUCGUCUUCCCCAUCCAGUACCCCGACAUCUGGAAGAUGUACAAGCAGGCACAGGCGUCUUUCUGGACGGUGGAGGAGGUUGAUCUAUCCAAAGAUUUGGCACACUGGGACCGUUUGAAGCCUGAAGAAAAACACUUCAUCUCCCAUGUCCUGGCCUUCUUUGCUGCAAGUGAUGGUAUCGUCAACGAGAACCUGGUGCAGAGGUUCUGCCAGGAAGUGCAGGUCCCUGAAGCACGCUCCUUCUACAGCUUCCAGAUCCUUAUAGAGACUGUUCAUUCAGAGAUGUACAGCAUGCUCAUCAACACUUACAUCAGGGACCUGAAGGAGAGAGACUUCUUAUUUAACGCCAUUCAGACCAUGCCUUGUGUGAGACGAAAAGCAGACUGGGCACUCAAGUGGAUAAAUGACAGCAAAUCCACAUUUGGGGAGCGAAUUGUGGCUUUUGCAGCAGUGGAGGGAAUCUUCUUCUCCGGCUCAUUCGCUGCCAUUUAUUGGCUCAAGAAGAGAGGACUAAUGCCUGGCCUUACCUACUCCAACGAGCUGAUUAGCAGGGAUGAGGGCCUGCACUGUAACUUUGCCUGCCUGCUGUAUAGCUACCUGGUGAAAAAGCCAUCAGAGGACCGAGUGAAGGACAUCAUCACCAAAGCUGUUAGCAUUGAGCAGGAGUUUUUGACAGAGGCGUUGCCAGUGGAUCUCAUUGGCAUCAACUGUUGUCUGAUGAAGCAGUACAUUGAGUUUGUGGCCGACCGGCUUCUCUCUGACCUCGGACAGGCCAAGGCAUACCAGGCCGAAAAUCCAUUUGACUUCAUGGAGUCCAUCUCACUAGAGGGGAAAACCAACUUCUUCGAGAAACGAGUAGCGGAGUAUCAGCGAUUUGGAGUUAUGCCAAGCAUGAUGGACUCUGAAUUCACUCUAGAUGCAGACUUCUGAAACUGAAAUGACACUGUUACAUUUUAUCCAUGUAUUUAUUUUUUUAGCAGUUAUUGACCAAAAAUGGUCAAGGCUGUACAAGGUGUUACACCAAGAGUUAAUUAGUCAAUAUAGUUUGCUAAGUGGAAUAAGGUGAACAUAUGGACUACAAACUCUGCUCAUUAUUGACCUCAACAUGUUACAAAACAGGCGUAUGAGUUGUGGUUGAAGAUAAAUAAUGAGUGGUGUGAUAGGAGAGAUUAUUCUGUACUUCUUUUGGAGACUGUUAAUUACCUGGGAUAUAUUUUAUUGGGUCUGCAGUUUUGGCUGCUGGUUUCUAUGGUUCGUUUUUAACAUCGUAUGUAAUAAACAAUAAAAAUGUUUUGUAAAAUUA